UUUUGAGAUGACAAUAUGAAUCGAUCAAUUUCUUUACAAUACAGGUUCCUAUGUACAUAGCAGAAAUUACUCCAAAGAACCUUCGGGGAGGGUCUGUGCUUCUCCAUCAGGUUAUGUUGUGGAAUAGCACUAGUUUAAUUUUAGGACUUGUGACAACCUGGCGUGUCUUAUCUUUGAUAGUUGGUGAUCUGAACCAUUUGAUCUCUGCUACCGUGAGUGGUGUGACCUGCUGCCUGAGGUUCCCUGGUCAGCUGAACUCUGAUCUUCGCAAACUUGCAGUUAACCUCAUCCCCUUUCCUCGUCUUCACUUCUUCAUGGUCGGGUUUGCUCCACUCACUUCUCGUGGGUCCCAGCAAUACCGUGCUCUCGAACAAACCAUAAGUCCAUUACUGAUUUACCAUCAGUGCCAGACCCUUGGCUCUAUCACAGCCAUGUGCCACCAUCCCAAGGUACUCAAAAAUAAUAAUAAAAGUCCAACAGAUCAAGAACAAGAGGACACUACUUGAGGCUUCAAAUUGACUACCAUCAUUGUUUUGCUAGAUCUUAGUAUUAUUAGUUAGUUUUGUAAGGCUACAUGCAACUACAUUUUUAGUGUGUUUUAAUUUUGUGGUAUUUUUAGUAACAUAUUAGUUAUGAAGUAUUAUUGAUGAACGUGUGUAGGAAUUUUAAUUGUGCGAACUACGUUU